AUGGGUGACGCUCCGGAGAGUCCCAUCCCGCAGCAACAGACACCGGUCAAGACCUUCCAGCAAAAUGGUGUCAGAACGACAGGCCGUGCGUUCCAUUCUCCCAACUGGCGCGUGAAGGGUGAGGAGAGCCCAAGCACUCCCUCCGCCGGCUCCCCAGGCCCCAAGACCAAUACCUCCCGGGUCGCGUUCAGUCGACCCAGCCCACAUGUUCCUCAGGCCAUCUCCGAAGGACGACGCCUCUACGUCGGCAACAUGCCCUACACCGCUAAGUCGGAGGAUGUGGAAGCGUUGUUCUCCGCCGCCGAAUUCCCUAUGUAUGGCGAGCGGAUCGACAUCGCGAUCGAUCCCUUCACCGGCCGGAACCCUUCCUACUGCUUUGUUGAUCUGGAGACAAAAGAACUGGCCGAACGGGCCAUGAACGAGCUAGACGGCCGGGACAUUCUUGGCCGUCCGGUCAAGAUCCGGCCUGGCGUGGUCAAGUCCUCCGCUGAGCGCUCUCAACCGCGGGCAGAUGCCUCUCCUCGCAGCGCCACCAAGAACUCACCUCUUGCCUUCGACCGGUGGCGUCGCGAUGACGGUCCCGUGUCCUCCCCGCCUCCCAAGGUCAACAGUGACCCCAGCCGUCGCCUGUACGUCGGCGGACUGCCCAAGGUGGUCGAACAAGAGACGCUCAACCAGAACAUCACCGACUUCUUCAAGGGCUAUAACAUUGAAAACAUCAGCAAGCAGUUCACUCCCCACCCCGCGAAGCGGUUCGAGCCCGGUGACCACUACUACCUCUUCGUCGACUUCAACAGCGUGGAAGAGGCACAGACAGCAAUGGAUGCUCUGAAUGGCAAGGAGGGUCCUUGGGGUGCCAGUCUGCGUGUGCAGAGAGCUCGCGGCGAGACCAACACCAACUCUGAAGAAAGAAAGGCCCGCUGGGGUAGCGCUCGUCCCACUGGCAUCCCAUCUACGAACGAGGUUGCGGUGGGUGUCUAA